AAGAGGGCGGGAAGGGGCGGCGCGACCUCCCCAACAUGGCGGCGGGAAAAGGCGGGAAGCAGCAGCGCGACCUCCCCAACAUGGCGGCGGGGGCGGGAAGGGGCCGGCGGCCGUUGCGGCGCGCGCGGGGAGGGGCGGGGCCUGCGCGUGCGCGUGGGGCGGGCGCGCAGCGCGCAGGCGCCGGCCCCGCCCCUUCCUGCCUGGGCCGCCGCGGCGCUGCCUGGGAUCGUGGCGGACUCGGCGGCGGUGUCGGAGCGCGGCGGCGACCGGCGGCGGCGAUGGACGUCUUCCUCAUGAUCCGGCGUCACAAGACGACCAUCUUCACCGACGCCAAGGAGUCCAGCACCGUCUACGAGCUCAAGCGCAUCGUCGAGGGCAUCCUCAAGCGGCCCCCCGAGGAGCAGCGCCUCUACAAGGACGACCAGCUGCUGGACGACGCCAAGACGUUGGGCGACUGCGGCUUCACCAGCCAGACGGCCCGGCCCCAAGCGCCCGCCACCGUGGGGCUGGCCCUGCGCGCCGCCGACGAGGCCUUCGAGGCGCUGCGCAUCGACGCCUUCUCCAGCCCCCCGGAGCUGCCCGACGUCAUGAAGCCGCAGGACUCGAGCGGCGGCGCCAACGAGCAGGCGGUGCAGUGAGCGCACGCGUGUUCACGCGUGUUCACGCGUGUUCCCCCCCCCGCACACGCGUGUGUGGCCCCCCCCCGCGCCAAUAAACGCCUCCCCCUACA